AUGAAUAGUGCAGCUCUUACAAUUUCAGCGAUCCUCCUUAUAGUGGAAUCUUUCGUCUAUACAAACGCUGAUUGCCCAACGAUAAUAAAAAGAUCUCAAUGGGGAGCUCGUGAGGCUAACGGGAAUGUCAGCCCCCUUCGAAUCACACCUGCACCAUUCGUAGUUAUCCACCAUACAGCAUCUACAGCUUGUUCCAAUCAAGCCGUAUGUCAGGCGAAAGUCCGAAAUUUUCAGAUCGACCAUAUCGAUAGAAGGUCGUGGAGUGACAUAGGGUACAACUUCCUCGUUGGCGAGGAUGGCAACAUCUACGAGGGUCGGGGAUGGGAUAAACGUGGGGCCCACACAGUGCCGUUCAACUCGAGAAGCAUCGGAAUUAGCUUCAUAGGGAAUUUCAUGAAUCGGGAACCAGCAGCAGCCGCCGUCAAUGCCGCGAAGAGAUUGAUCCAAUGUGGGGUUGAGUUGGGCAAGAUAAAGAACACUUACGGCCUUCUAGGGCACAAACAAGCUGCACAGACUGCCUGCCCAGGCGACAAGCUCUUCGAUAUGAUAAAGACCUGGCCAGGGUGGCAGUCCAAUCCUUCGCGUUAACCGUGAUUAGAAUGUUAUCAGUAACCGAUGUCAUAAUGCAGAAUGAAGAACACCUCACAUGGCUUGUGAAGAAAGAAACACGCGUUUGUCAUUAAUUGUG